AAUGCGACCGUGCAGGCACCUCUGCUCCCGGGUCCCCCAGGCCGCGGGGGGAGCGCACAGUUCUGCAGCAUGGAAGAACGUCCACAGUCCGUGCCCGCGGAUUAUCCAAAGGAACCUGAAGAUCCUACUCACACAUUUAAAGUCAAAAAUCAAGAAAAAACAUAAGUUUGGUGGCUGCGGGUGGCCCGGGCCGACGACGUGAGGCGCGGAGCGGCGGGCGGUCAAUGUUAUUUGAGCGGGGGCCGCGGGCCUCGGCGAUCGCAGAGCAGAGGAUGCAGAAAGCCGCCUACUACGACAACGCGGGGCUCUUCGGGGGCUACAGCUACAGCAAGGCCGAAGCCUACCCCUACGGCGCGGCCCACCAGCCCUACGGCCAGGCCGGCUUGGACGGCGAAUACCCCGGCUCCGCCUGCUCCGUCCAGGGCUCUGCGCCCGGCCGAGCUCCGGCCCACAAGGGCAGCGAGCUGAGCGGGAGCUGCAUGCGGCCGGGCGGGGGCGGCCCCGGGGGCAGUCAGCCCCCGGGGAUCGGCGAGCAUCAGCCCCCGGCCCUGCCGCCCUCCUCCCCGCCCAACCCACCUCCCAGUGUGCCCCCUCCGAAAAAAGCCAAGGGAGGCCCCAACUCCUCGGGCUCAGCCAGCGCCACCCUCAGCAAGCAGAUAUUUCCUUGGAUGAAGGAGUCCCGGCAGAACUCCAAGCAGAAAAGCACCUGCGCCCCCCCAGGAGAGAGCUGCGAGGACAAGAGCCCCCCCGGGCCGGCCUCCAAGAGGGUGCGCACAGCCUACACCAGCGCGCAGCUGGUGGAGCUGGAGAAGGAGUUUCACUUCAAUCGCUACCUGUGCCGGCCGCGUCGCGUGGAGAUGGCCAACCUACUCAACCUGACCGAGCGGCAGAUCAAGAUCUGGUUCCAGAACCGCCGGAUGAAGUACAAAAAGGACCAAAAAGCCAAAGGCAUCAUGCACUCCCCCGUCGGACAGUCCCCGGACCGCAGCCCCCCUCUUAGCGGCCCAAACCACGUCGGCUACUCCAGCCAGCUCCCCGGCGUCAACAGCCUCAGCUACGACGCGCCCUCGCCCACCUCCUUCGCCAAGUCCCAGCAGAGCAUGUACGGGCUGGCCGCCUACACGGCGCCGCUGAGCAGCUGCCUGCCGCAGCAGAAGCGCUACGCGGGCGCGGAGUACGACCCCCACCCCAUGCAGAGCGGCGGCGGCGGCUUCGCCAACCCCAGCCUGCAGGGCAGCCCCGUCUACGUGGGGGGCAACUUCGUGGACUCGAUGCCGGCCUCAGGCCCCAUGUUCAACCUGGGGCACCUGCAGCACCCCUCCUCCGCCAGCGUGGACUACAGCUGCGCCGCCCAGAUCCCCGGCGGCCACCACCACGGACCUUGCGACCCCCACCCUACCUACACGGACCUUUCCUCUCACCACACCUCUCAGGGACGGAUGCAGGAGGCGCCCAAGCUCACGCAUCUGUAGCGGGGCGGCGGCCAGCGGGCCCCGCUCCCCUCUCCAUUACCUCACUUUUCUGACGGGACAGUGUUACUGUGCUCUCUAGUGCCAACAGUAUCAGUGGAUUUGUUUCCCUUAGCAGCUCCCUUCUUUCUUCCGCAGCCCCGAGUAGGUCCGUGAGCAGGAGCCUUUCUCUUAGAGCUGUUUUAAGCAUGACAGUGCAAUAUACUGCCAACCGAGGGACUGAUAAGCUGGUAAUGAUGUACUUGAAGGUAAGUCUUAGAGAUGCUGUAGUGUUAGCAGCUAGCGCGUCAUGCUGAGGUGUUUUAGACCAGUCGUGAGCCGUCGGAACUCGCCCGCGCGUAAGCUUAUUUCAGAGAAGUUAAUUUAUGAGUUCUUCCGUAACGUAAGGAUCGCAUUGGACUAAAUGAUAAUGUAUUUAUUAUUUUAAGCGAGACAUUUUUUGUAUCACUGAUUAUUUAUCCUCGUCUUAAUGUAUUUAUGUGGGUAUUUGUAGAAUUUCUUCACCAAUACUUCGGGAGAGGGAUUCAGGUCCGUGGUGACUUACAUUUCACCUAUUUAGUAUAAUCGGUCUGAGCUAGUUGAGAGAGUAGUCUUGAACAGUUGUAACAGUGGCUGGUGUUCGUAGUUUAUGUAAGGAUUAAUUAAGACAGCAAGUCGUAAAUCAUUAAUAGAGUAAAACAAACUGUGGCAUCACACAAAGAGCCGUUACACUUAAAAAAUAUUGAAAGUAUUUUUAAAGUAUUUAUUUCUAAUCGGCUGGCCCCACUCGAGCGCCUCGGUGGCUUGGCUGGCAGCUGGCUCGGCCGGGUGAAGCCACCUUUAGUUGGAAGCGCAGCCGCUCUGAGGAGGCGAUCUACAAAGAGGGGCUCCUUGGCCGUCUUGUUUCAGAUCAAAUCCUGCAUAUAAAAACCUCGGUGAGGUUAACAUUUAUUUAUUGGCUGGGUAUCUAUCGCGCAUAUUAUUUCGAUGGGCUAUUUUCUUUCUUUUUAUUUAUUUAUUUUUUUAAAAUUAUACUCUGGCUAUCCAAAAUAGAAAACAAAUUAGAAGC